AUUGUUCACUGCCAACUGCCACAUGCUCUUAAUGACAAAAGAGCUACAUAAAUCAAGAUCAUGGAUACAAUUAUUGCUUGUACACAGGGGCGGACUGACAACUCAUGGGGCCCCCAGGUAAUAGGGGAUCAUAGGGCCCCUGUGUCCUUGCCCAAACUCAAAAAAGCCUAUGAAAAAGGUACCAGGGGCAUCUCAUGGGGCCCCCUACUGACCCCGGGCCUUCGGGCAGUGCCCGAGUUUCCAAAUGGUCAGUCCGUCCCUGCUUGUACG